CGCUCCUUGCGUCAUGAACAGUAUUAAGAAAAAAGGAAGGGUUGUGUUCUUCUUUUUAGUAUUAUGAAUGGAACCCUGUUCUGUGAUUUUUAGUACUGAACUUGUGUUUGCCAACAUUAUCAGUAAGGUGUUGAUAACGAGCUGAGCUGGGCUCGUGUGAAUAAGUUCAAGAUGUCUGCGAGCGCCGUGUACGUCUUGGAUUUGAAGGGAAAGGUCCUGGUGUGCCGAAAUUAUCGGGGAGAUGUGGACAUGUCGGAGAUCGAGCACUUCAUGACCCUUUUAAUGGACAAAGAGGAAGAAGGCACACUAUCUCCAAUCCUGGCCCAUGGAGGAGUCCGUUUCAUGUGGAUCAAACACAAUAAUCUCUACUUGGUUGCAACAUAAAAAAAUGCCAGCGUCUCCCUGGUUUUCUCUUUCUUGUACAAAAUUGUUCAGGUUUUUUCAGAGUAUUUCAAAGAAUUGGAGGAGGAGAGCAUUAGAGAUAACUUUGUUAUCAUAUAUGAGCUGAUGGAUGAGCUGAUGGACUUUGGCUACCCUCAGACCACUGACAGCAAGAUUCUCCAAGAAUACAUAACCCAGGAGGGCCACAAACUGGACACUGGGGCCCCGCGACCCCCUGCCACAGUCACCAACGCUGUCUCCUGGAGGUCAGAGGGCAUCAAGUACAGGAAAAAUGAGGUCUUCCUGGACGUCAUUGAGUCAGUGAACCUCCUGGUUAGUGCCAACGGGAAUGUUCUACGCAGUGAGAUUGUUGGUUCCAUAAAGAUGCGUGUCUUCCUGUCUGGAAUGCCCGAAUUACGGCUCGGUCUCAAUGACAAAGUUCUGUUUGAAAAUACUGGACGAGGGAAGAGUAAAUCAGUGGAACUGGAGGAUGUCAAAUUUCACCAGUGUGUCCGUCUGUCUCGCUUUGAGAACGACCGCACGAUCUCCUUCAUUCCUCCCGACGGGGAGUUUGAGCUCAUGUCCUACCGCCUCAACACUCACGUGAAGCCUCUGAUCUGGAUUGAGUCUGUUAUCGAGAAGCACUCUCACAGUCGGAUUGAGUACAUGAUUAAGGCAAAGAGUCAGUUCAAGAGGCGUUCCACAGCCAACAAUGUGGAGAUUCACAUUCCUGUACCAACGGACGCUGACUCACCCAAAUUCAAGACCACAGUGGGCAGCGUGAAGUGGGUGCCUGAGAACAGCGAGAUCGUCUGGUCAAUUAAGUCUUUCCCUGGUGGAAAGGAGUAUUUGAUGCGAGCCCACUUCGGUCUGCCGAGUGUAGAGGCUGAAGACAAGGAGGGGAAACCGCCUAUCAGCGUCAAGUUUGAGAUCCCAUACUUCACUACCUCAGGCAUCCAGGUGCGUUAUCUAAAGAUCAUUGAGAAGAGCGGAUAUCAGGCCCUGCCGUGGGUGCGCUACAUCACCCAAAACGGAGAUUAUCAGCUCCGGACCCAGUAGGCAGCGCCUCAGCCGGCAGUAGGCAGGUGGAAUUCAGACGGGGUGGAGUCAGGCCACUAAUGUGCUAUCAAUGGCAGGUGGCAGUCGUAACACCAGAAGAUUGCCAGUAUCUCCUUUUUGUUUAGUUUUAUAUGUUUGAGUUACAUUCGUUUAUGAUCAAUGCAAAUCUUAGACGGAGCCUUCAGCUAGACAAGGUUCGAAAUUGAUUGUUUUACUGCUGUGUGGCUCCUGAUACAAAGGAGGUCAAGGAAAGCAGGGGGAAUGUUUACAUCACCCGAUGCAGCACGGAGUUGUGUACAAUCUAUCACAGUGGGUGAGAUUGUUAAAGUGUUACAUUUCCCAUUUAACAUUACUGUAAUCAGAUACAUACCGGUCAACAUCACACUCAGCCUGAAAAGUUUUUUUUUUUAUGAAGCUGCUUUGGUCUGCUACAAUUCCUUUUUGUUGAUUAUCUGUAUAUAUUUUGUUAAAUGUUAACGAUCAGUGUUAUUAGUUAAAAAAAACAGUUGAAAACAAACUUGUUUUGUAUUAUCUUCUCCAUGUGAUGCCAUUGAUACGUGCCAGCGUAUUGCCUUCCUGCUUUGCUGUUGUGCUGUUUGUUGGUCCGUUUGACUCCCUUGACAUUAAGCUUUGCAAAAAAAAAAAAAUAACACAAAAACCUAAAUGUGGUUAGUUUCAGUUGCAUGGUAAACAGCUAAAAAUCCCGAUGUUCCAGUCCAGCACCUGUUUUUCUUUCCUCUGUCUGAACCUACAUGCUUUUGAACCAUUAAAUGUCUAUUUAGAGAAAAAUG